AUGGCUGCCGCUACAAUUUCUGUUUCUUUCGCCGGUUGUAUUGCAGGAGGUAAUCGUACCAAGACCACCAACUUUUCAGCUGUAAACUCGGGUGCCUUUGGUAAUACACGGCAAUUAACAUUACGAAGCAAGACUCAGUCUCCAUUGCGUAUUCAUGCUAAGUACAAGGAGUUUAUUCAUGUUGGUCUUUACCUUAGCUUUUUCCUGUUGGUCAUCUUGCAAAGCAUUCAUUUAGUUAAUAAUAAAACUCUUCCUUUUGUUUCUUCCUUUUGUUUCUUGGUUCUUUUCUCUAACAAAUUGGUCCGACCUGCCGUGCGAGGAAUGAUACGAAUGGAAUCCCGUGUUGAAACGUUAGAGAAGAGCCAAGUUGCUGUAGGUGAGGAACUCACCAACUUGCGGAACAACAUGGACAGCCGAUUCAAUGCACUUGAAACGGCAAUAUCCAAGAUCACCGAUCUAUUGAGUAAUAACAGUAGCAGCAACAACAACUUUUUGAACAUCUUUUCAGAGAGCAAUACAUCCAACCACCACAAAUCUGCUCUUCAUGCCAAUGUUUUCGACGAGUUAAAAUCCACAUCGAAACACAUUGAUCUUCCGUGUUUUGAUGGAACCGAUCCUAUUGGAUGGAUUGCGCGUGCUGAGCAAUUUUUUCUGGUGCACCACACGAAGGAAAACUUCAAAGUUGCCUCUGCAUUCAUCUGCAUGCAUGGAAGGAGCAGCACUCCAUUGGCUUCGAUGGCUCCAGCAACAAUCUCCAAUGAUUACCUGGCAUCAAUUGAAGGAAGAACUCGAUCUCUGGAUGAUUACGCCAACGAAUUUCGAGCGAGAGUAGCCCAAGUCCUAGGCCUGGAUUCACAACUUCAGCUAGGGUUUUUCUUAAAUGGACUCAAGGAAGAAAUAAGGGUCCGCUUGCGCCCAUAUGAUGUGCUCGAUCUACGAACAACCAUGAAAGUUGCUCGGCCCAUUAAUCCAUCUCGUUUUGAACCACCAAAACUAAACAACACCUCAACAAUCGGCCCAAAUAAGAAUUCUGCAGCACAGUACAAGCCCAAUGAUCACUUCAGACUACUUCAAGGCGGCACAGGUUCCUCCUCUUCACAAAUACUGCGACAUAACACAACAACACAAAAAAGUAGAGUGGCACGCCAAUACUCCCAUCAAGAAUAUUUGGACAUGCGUGCAAAGGGGUUGUGUUUUUGCUGCAAGCAACCGUACAACCCGAUGCAUGAUUGCCCUCAAAAAUCAUUGCGCGCUCUCAUCGCAGCAGAAGACGAGAACACUGAUGUUAUGUCCGACUUCGGACUAGAAGAAUCACAACAACUUCAAGCAGAAAUCAAUGAAGCUCAACUCCAUUUUCUAGAUCUACCUUUGACGGCGAUAGGUGGAAUAGAUGGACCGCGAACAAUGAAAUUUUCAGGUCAUGUCUACGGUGAACCAGUGACUAUUAUGGUAGAUAGUGGGGCAAGCCACAACUUCAUCUCAACAAAACUUGCUCAGAAAAUUCCCCAGCCAAUAGAGCAGACAGUUCGCUUUGGGGUUCGUUUAGGAGAUGGCAGUCGAGCAACUUCAACAGGGAAGUAUAGCAAUUUACCAAUUCAACUUCAAUCAAUCAUGAUGUCAUUAGAUUGCUAUAUAUUUCCUCUUGGAGGUAUUGACAUCAUUCUCGGCGUGGCAUGGCUCCAAACAUUAGGCGAUAUCAAAGCGAACUUGACAAAAAUGAGUAUUGAAUUUUUGCAGGAUAAUGAAGAGAUUUGUCUGUUGGGGGACCCGUCUUUAUCACGUGCCCCUAUCUCUUUGAGCUCAUUGCAACAGAUGGACGAUGACAUCGAAUACGGCCUCUUGCUCUGGCAGAUUACAUCAUCAACGGAAACUUCAUCAACAGAGACUUCGGCCCUCAAGUCCUCAAGCGCUCAGGUCCAGGAAUUGGAACUAAUAUUGCAGCAAUACUGUACAAUUUUUGACGAACCCCAAGGACUCCCCCCUGAAAGGAGACACGAUCAUCGCAUCACCAUAAAAUUGGGAACCGCCCAGUGA